GCACAAACCUGGAAUAUUCCAUAAAAUAUUAGUGAGUGAAUAAAGCAGCAUUUCCAUCCAACGAGAAACAAAAGAGAAAGAAAAUCCUCACUAGCUCAUCCUGCACAGAUAUGGCUGGGAGAAGUGGAGUCUGCUGCACUGUUGGGAUUCUUCACUGUGGUGUCUGUUCUCCUCUAAUAACUGAGCUGCGCCUCAAAAGACGAAGACGAAACACAAUGAGCGCGGUGAAUACCCAGACAGACAGAAGCUCAAGACAGUUCUGAAGAGAAUAAUAAUAGAACAAUAGUAAUACUGAAGCAAUGUGAUGUUGGACUGAUGGAGGCCUUUUACAAUCAGCACAACAUAUCAGAUCUGCAGCAGUGUGCUGGAAACAUCUGCAUGGUCCCUUAAUGCAUCCCAUCUUGCACAUUUGUAUUUUAUUUUACACUACGAACCAACAUUAAUGAUGCAAACACCCUCACACACACAUUUAUGUCUGAUCAGCAUCUGUCAGAAACAUGUUUGUUUUUAUGCGAUAACCCUAUGAAAAUAGGUGGAUGGAAACCAAUACUGUUAUUCUUCUGAGUUACCGGGUGCUGCAGUUUGAGUCCAGUUUUAAUGAAGGUCAUCUGUGGCUGAUUUACGGCUCAAUCUAUGGUUUAAUCUGGGUGUUGUUGUUUCAGGGUUUUAUGGGAGUGAAAGCGCAGACGGCUGGAGAUGUAGUUUGUCGGCUGAAAGUGUCAGAUAAAGACAGCAGAGGAUCUCCAUCUUGGAGAGCUCGAUACUCUCUGCAGGGGGAAAAAGCAGAGCAUUUCAGCAUCCAGACCGACCCCGACACCAAUGACGGACUCAUAACACUCACUCAGCCUUUGAGUUUCAAGGAGGUGUCCAGUUUGAGUGUCAUUGUGAAGAACGAGGAGCCCUUCUUCUACUGUCGGGUUAAAGGACGCCCCAAACACGGACUAUGGCAUGUGGACUACAGUAGAGGGAGAUCCAGCAGCUUCACAUUGGUCUCUCUUCCACUGCAAACUCUAGAUCGAGAUGCCAGAGUGUCUGUGAUGGAGACAGGCCCGAUGCUGGAGCCUAGUGAACUCUACACAUGUCUGUCUGAGAAAAUGGUCAAUAUUACAGCUGUAGACGCAGACCGACAUGACGCGCUAAAAUUUCAGCUGAUGGGAGAUGCUGAGGGUCAAUGGAGGCUUGAGUAUAAUGGCGGCUCUUCUGUGAGACUGAUUAAAGAGAGUAUGGCACAUACAGGUGAUCAUACACUCACCAUCAAGAUCUCCGACAGCCUGGGCCAGCAUUCACUCCACAGUCUCUCGGUUCACGUUUGUGACUGUCAACUUUCUGAAAACUGCAGCGUGCGCAGAAAAAUCCAGAUCAACAGCGCUGCUGUCACUGCCAUCGCCGUCAGCUUCAUGCUGCUGCUGGGUUUCUCAUUGAUGAUGUGCCAGAUAAGAGUAAACAAAUCUCCCAUGAAGUUCUCUACAAAUGUGCCGCAAAUCCCUGAGUCCUCUCUGAGUCAUGACCUUUCUGAAACCGACAACAUGAUUGCGAGUUUAAUUCCGACUGAGCCAACGCUAUCAAGCUGCAUGUAAACAAAUAUGAAGAAAAUGAACUUCUGCAAUAACGACUGCUAGGUUUUGCACUGUAAACUUUAAGGCAGAGCUGUUUUUGAUUGGAGAGGGGUCUGGCUGCAGACCUGGUGCAGUGCAAUCUGGGCUGCGUCCAAUGCUUUU